AUGGCGCAUUUCUACACAGUACCUAGCGAGUUUCUCCUUCCAUCGCUUGUAUUUAAAUUAAUCGCAAUGAUUAUUGGAGUUUUGGGAAAUAUCACAGUUAUAAUUUAUACAAUUUUCGUGGGCAAAGAAAAGACAGCAGCAUCUUACUUGGUGGGAAACUUGGCACUGGCAGAUCUUGUCGUGUGUUUAACAUUUUAUCCAGUAUGGAUCAUUGAGUUUAUACAGACUCUACUCAACAUUAAUGGUGAUCAGUAUCUAUUUUGUAAAUUAAGUCGUUCUGCCAUCUGGGCAUUGCUCUUUGCUUCAAUGGCUACACUCUUCGCAAUUACUGUUGAGCGUUAUUUCUAUAUUGUAAAACCUCUGAAGUAUCCGCUGAUUGUGACCAAACGACGAGUUUUUCUGGCUAUUUCAGGAAUUUGGCUGACUGCGUGCUGUCUUUUAAUUGUUUUACUAGUUUCUUAUAGAUAUGACUUGAGAUUAAGGAGUUUAUGCCACAUUAGAAAUCUUUAUAUACAUCAUCAUUUUAUUCAUAGUUUCAUUGGCUUCUUCCCACUUACUUUAAUAAUAAUUCUUAAUAUUCGGAUUUUGCUUGUUGCGAAGAAACAGCGAAAACGUAUCUUGGCUGAAACAGCGCUACCCGUUGCAACUUCCAAUGGACAACCUGCAAACAAAAUGAAGGCUAUACAUGGAUUUUUUCACGCUCUUAAAGACGUCAAGACAUUUUCUAUUGUUGUGAUAGUGUUGGUUUUCUGUGUCUUAACUCCAAAUGUGGUUGGGGCGGUGCUACACAAUUCCUGUGGCGAGUCUUGUCGACAGAUAUGGUUCGUUGUUUUUCACUAUGAAUUUUAUGGAAUAAACUCGAUCGUGAAUGCUUUCAUCUAUGGAAUGAGACAUGUGAAAUACCGAAAAGGUUAUCGACAUAUUCUUUUUAAAAUACUUCGCUGUAAGAAACUCUGA